UCACACCUCCCGCACCCCACCCCGCCCUGUUCCCGGGCCCCUCCCCUACAGCCCUAGCUUGACCUAAGGUACUGGUGGGGAGCACACCAUGGCCUCACGGUGGACCUGCUUUCUGUCGCUGAACCUGUUACUGCUGGAUGUCAGUUCGGGACAGUUCCUAAUGUCGCCAAAGAAAAUGGACGCCGAACUUGGCCAGAAGGUGGUGCUGACAUGCGAAGUGAUGUGGUCCACUUCGCAAGGAUGCUCUUGGCUCUUCCAGAGCUCCAGCUCCGAACUCCCCCAGCCCACCUUCGUUGUCUACAUAUCCUCAACCCGGACCAAGCUGAACGAGAAGCUGGAUGAGAAACUGUUCUCUGCUCAGAAGGUCAAGGACCAGAGCAAGUACACCCUCACCCUGAACAAGUUCAGCAAGGAAAACCAAGGCUACUAUUUCUGUUCAGUCACCAGCAACUCGGCGAUGCACUUCAGUCCUCUCGUGCCGGUCUUUCAGAAAGUGAUCGCUACAACUACCAAGCCAGUGCCGCGAGCUCCCACAUCAGUGACCCCUAACGGGACAUCCCGACCCCUAAGACCAGAAGCUUGCUGGCCCGGGGCGAGUGGCUCAGUGGAGAGGACCGGAUUUGACUUCGCCUGCGAUAUUUACAUCUGGGCACCCUUGGCAGGAAUCUGCGGGGUCCUUCUGCUGUCCCUGGUCACCACUCUCAUCUGCUGCCACAGGAACCGAAAGCGUGUUUGCAAAUGUCCCAGGCCUCUGGUCAGAGAGGGAGGCAAGCCCAGACCUUCAGAGAAAUUCGUGUAAAAUGACACCUCCAGGAAACCACAACUACUACGUGACUUCAGAGAUCUCUUCUUGCAAGAGACCAGGCCCUCCCUUUUCAGAGUUUCCUACUGUCUUCUAUAAUGUCCUCUGUAUUGUUUUAGUGGGGGUGGGAUGGGGGCAGUUCCUUUUUCUUUAUGAAUUCUCUUUGACACAAAACAUAUUUGUAUGCGUACAAUGGCAUAAAGAGCAGACUGUAACAGCAGAGCUAGUUCUAGUUUCAGAGUCCGUGUAGCUGGUGGCCUCAGCACCCACUUGAUAUAAAUCUCUUGUCUGCCCAUCGUAUAGAAGAAGCAGGAGAAGCAGACCCAGAGAGAACCCAAGCUGGAAGAACCCUCACUGGCCGGUGCAGGGAUCUCACCCCCACCCCCUGAGCUCUCUGUUUAGGUAUGUGUCUUUAGUGGCAUGCUUGUGCCUCAAACCACAAGAGAGCAAGUGGUAUGAACCUGUGAUCUGCUCAGCUCUGGCUGUGAGCAUCAGAUGUAACAAAUCAAAGACAGGAGAACUGCCUUUAGCAGUACACCUGGACAUCAGAGCUCCUUGUAAGGAACUGGAAAAUUGCUGGCAGUCUAGUGGAGGGGUAUGGUGAAUCUGGAUAACAGCCUCCUCUGUCACUGACGACUGUAGUAGAACCCAAUUAAAGCUCUUCAAACCACCACUGCAAAAUUCCUGUAGAACUAUGAUCCUCUCGACUCUUGUACAGCAGAGGAUGAGGUUUGACAGAUACGAUUCAAACAUCAGAGAAGCUGUAGGCAGGCCCUCUCCCAUUUCCAAACAUUAGACUUGGAUGUGCUCCUGGGAUCAUCAGCAUGUUUUAUUCUUUAUAAACAUAGAAUCCUUGGAGAACAUUCCUUAGCAUCCCCCUGGAAGGCAGAUGUGAUGAGGUAGAACAGAUGUGAGGGAAGACGCUGACUGUCAAAACUGCUGCUCCAGAGCGAAGUUCCUCUCACAGUCCCAUAUAAGCAACAAAUACUAUGCAAUAAGAAGGAACCUGAAGGAACUAAGAGUUACCCAUGAUCCUCAAUCUAUUGUUACCUGAUUAUUUCCUAUGUACAUAUAUGUUUUUGUAAGCAGAUUUAGCAAAUAAACAUUUAUAAUAUCAUUUAAUGGUUAAAUAGCACUUCAUAGUUUGGUUGUACCCAUUUAGAAUUAAAUUGUUUCAAAUUUCCCUCUACUUUUACACUACUAAACUUUGCACAAA